AUGAAGAAGCCUCAUGUAGUGGUGUUCCCUUGUGCAGUGCAGGGCCAUAUAAAUCCAUUAAUGGAGUUUGCCAAGAGGCUUGUCUGCAGAAACCUCAUGGUGACCUUUGUCACCACUGAGAAAGUUAAAGAGCGCAUGGCACAAGCUCAGGAUGGUGCUGCUUCUGCCAACUCAGCUUUGCAGAAUAUCAGGAUUGAAACUAUUUCAGAUGGGCUUACUCCUGAUCUCGACAGGAAGAAAAGUACAGAUACGGAAAUAGAUCUGCUGAAAAAGUUUGGAAGUGUUUCAUUUGAACAUCUAAUAGAGAGGCUCAAUGCUCAAGGCCAGAGAGUCUCUUGCAUAGUGUAUGACUCUUUUCUGGAUUGGGUUCCAUUAAUAGCAAAGAAAUUUGUUAUUCCUGUGGCAUUUUUUUGGACCCAGUCUUGUGCAGUUUAUUCCAUCUAUUAUCAUUAUAGAAAAAGAAGUGGACUGCCUUACAGCCUAACAGCUUAUUAUUUGCUUUUACCACCACCUGUUUACAUAGACCAUCAAAGGAAUGAAGAAGAUGAAUCAGGGAAUGAUAUGAAUGUGAAAGUAAUAUCUGGACUUCCAGAACUACAUCUAUCAGAUCUACCAUCAUUUCUACAAUCUUCAAAUCCCUACCCAUCUAUUUUGAGGUUGGCACUGGAUCAAUUCAAUAUCAUUUCUCAAGCGACAUGGAUAUUAGGAAACUCUUUCACUGAACUCGAAGUGGCAGAAAUAAAAUCCAUGGAAUCAUUCAUUCGAAUUAGAACAGUGGGCCCUCUAGUUCCAUCAUCUUUUUUAGAGGGAAACAAUCUUAAAGACAUAGAUGUUGGUGCACAUCUAUGGAAAACGACAAAUUGCAUGAGUUGGCUCAAUACGAAAGGGGAGUCAACUGUAAUAUAUGUUUCCUUUGGGAGCUUAGCUGUCCUUUCUAAAGAGCAAAUCCAUGAAAUAGCAUUUGGACUUAAGGCUAGUGGUCAUUCCUUCUUAUGGGUAAUACGUCCAAGUGAUAGCGAAGAAGAAAAUGACACUACAGAAAAUUUGCCAGAAGGUUUCUUAGAGGAAACUAGUGGGAAAGGAUUAGUGGUGUCUUGGUGUCCGCAAAUGAUGGUGCUUUCUCAUUCCUCUAUAGCAUUGUUUAUGACCCAUUGUGGAUGGAAUUCGAUGCUAGAGAGCCUUAGUUUAGGGGUACCAAUGCUAGCAUUUCCUCAAUGGAGUGAUCAACCAACUAAUGCAAAAUACAUAGAGCAACAUUGGAAGAUAGGUAUAAAAUUGAAUAAGAGAGAGAAUGGUUUGGUUGGGAGGAAAGAAGUGUGUAAAUUAAUCAAGGAAGUUAUGGAAACCAAACAAGGAGUUAAACUAAGAAAAAAUGCUUUGUGGUGGAAGACAUUAGCUAUGAAAUCCAUGAAGAAUGGUGGAUCUUCAGAGAAAAAUAUUGAGGCUUUUGUUGAGGAAGUUAGAAAUAGUGCAUCACUAAUGCCUUUCACAUCAUAUGAUAUAGACAAUAUUAGUUUGAAUCUACUAUCAAGUGUUUAA